AUGGCAAAUAAAAAACUUCGUGAAGUUGUACGCAUCAUGCAAGAAGAGAAUGAACGUGAUCGUGAAUUGGUAUUGGCAUUAUGCCGUGCAGAACACCAAAAACUACUGGAGAAGCAACUUGCCGCACUUGUACAUCUCAAAGAACAACAACAACACUAUCGUGCUUCAUAUACGGCAAGUAUGAAAUCCGUAUCUUCUCAUACACGGCAGAUACCAGGACAAGUAAAGAGAAGUAAUAGUUUUUCUGGUGGUGGUACUAGUAGCAUUGUGAAUAAAACUCCAUGUGUACAACGAAUGAAUAACUCACAUAAAGAAACAUUAACAGAAGCAGAAGCAGAAGCAUCAGUACCAGUUCCAACUAAAACUACUAGAAUGAAUGGUGUUAUUCCCUCUUAUAUAGAUCAGAUGAGUUCCAUACGCAAGGGAGAUCCCACUAAUGAUAAUAUGGCCUACGGAUCCUCCUCCUCAUCAGGUGUAUACUUAGAUCCAUGGAAAAUACAAGUGACAGGGGAACAAUUAGAAAGUUGGCAAAAUGUUGAUUCCGCAACCACAACAACCACAGCAACCAUUACACAGAAAGUUAACCCGAUAUUAUCACAACUAUUACCAGAAUGGCAAAGGGAUGUUGUCACCAUGACGGAUGAAGAAGUGGCAAAGGCUAAUCUUGUAGAUAAGAUCCAUCGUUUGUAUGGUGACUCCACAGCCGUUCAAGGCACUUUAACUCCCAUUCUCCAACAACAACAACAUCGACAACAACAAUUACAUAGGAGACCUUCAUCUACAGUUAUGGACCCUGUGGCUCCAGAGCGUAGUUCUCACUUUCUCUCAUCUGUAGUAAAAGCUGGUGGAACAGCAACAGCAACAAGAACAACAACAACAACAGCAUCAUCAGUAGGAGGAGGAGGAGGAGUAGUGGGAACAGGGCGAAGUGUCAUGUCAAAGGAAGAGGUAAUGUCUGAACUGCGUCGAUUAUAUGGUCUUGAGGAUUCUGAAAAUGGAGGAAAUAUAGAUGAUUGA